UGUAUCUAUCGUCACCAACUUAUCGCAUAGUUGGCAAGGGAAAAGUGCACAACACUUCGGGUGAAUUACUUCACCAUAAUCCCCUCCCUGUGGGAUAUAUGAAAGUUUCGGUUGACCUUGUAUUAGAUACGGACGCGCUUCUACCAUUACCUGACGUUGUUUCAGAGACAACGUUGAUGCGAGAUGCAGUCGGAUCCUUUGUUGGAUGGCCGUCAGAUCUAAUUUUCCCAGAUGCCGAGACUCCUACAAGACCCACACAUAAAGCUGGUAAAGGGAUUUCAAGACGCAUCGAGUCGGUUGCAUCUCAAAAAGAGGUUCCCAGUCGAAUGUUGAAAAAAGCUGGUAAGGAUAUUCCAACGAAGUCCGGGACAAAAACAAAUCCUAAAUCUCAAAAAGAGGUUCCCGGUCAAAUGUUGGACAAAGCUAGUAAGGAAAUUCCAACGACGUCCGGGACAAAAUCUCAAAUUAUGAUGCGUCUUGAGAAAAUGGUGGAAGAGUCAGAUAUUAUGCACGACGCCAUCCGUAGUGUAGAUAUGGAUGAAGGUGUUUUCGGAAUUGCUCAUUCCGAAUUAAUUGCAAAGGAGGACAUGCAACAACUUUUUGAACACGAAGAAUUGGGCAUCGCUGUCAUUCAUACAUACAUAUGGUACUCCGAUCAAUCUAUUAUUUACUUAGUUGAACAAUUUAUUUACACAUUUCAAUGAGUAGUCUAAUGUUUAUUAUGUUUCUAUUUAAGGUAUAUGUAUGACACAUUGAUGCGGGGAACUGAAUUGUGUGACCGAUUCAAUUUUAUUGCUGCUUCCCGUAUCAACACAACGUUUAUAACGAAAAAUCCAACAUCCGUAAUGAAUGAACUAGUCGAUAGAUUCAUGGUGGCCGGCGAUAAUACUACACCCAGUUUGUAUUUUUUACCGUUUAAUUCUGGCAACGGGUUAAAUUUUCUUUCUAAUAAUUUCAUUCUAAUCUAUGUAUAUCUUUUACGUAGA